AUGGAGACAGCCACUUGCACGCUCCCGAGCGACCCGUCGGGCGGCGACGCGGCGGAGCGCAGUCCGUACGUCGCGCUGCUGGGGGGGCUGACGCUGUGCCUCGUGCUGCUCUGCGCGCUGCUCGCGUUGUUCCCCGCGUCCGCUCGGCCCCGAAGCCGCCCGAGUGCCACCGACGGCGCGCAGACCCUCGAGACAGAUUCCGCGCAGACGACGGGCGUGCGCCACCGCCUCGAGCGCGAGACCCGCAUGCGGCUGCCGCGUCGCUCGACGUACUACUUGAUGCCGUUUUUCGCCGACACGAUGGCGAACAAACAGGAGUUUGUCGAGAGCCUCGUGGAGCUCGGCGACGCGCCCAUGGACGGCUGGCUGCUCGUGAAGAAGGGGCUGCAGCGCGACAAGCACUGGAAGAAGCGCUUUGUUGUGCUGGAUGCGCACGCGCGGGUCAAGUACUACCCGAACGUCGACGCAGCGAGGCGCAAUAUGAACGCCAAGGGGUCGUUGGCCGUGCACGCUGUCAAACCCGCCGACCCCUUUGAGUUUGGAGCUAACACGCUCGAGGUGCGAGGCACGCUGGGAGGCACGUACUUUUUCAGGGCAGAAGACGAGAUGGCCACGCGCUCGUGGUUGUGUGUGCUAACAAUGCGGGCUAUCCAAGGCCACGUGCCAGGACGCAUUGACAGCGUGCUCAGUGCUGCAGUGGCGCCCUUUUCAUUCCAUCAAGCAACGUCCACAGCAAAUGGCUCUGCUGCACCGUCGGCGACAUCAGCAAUGAAGAUGCACUCGAUGUCCGACUUUAGCCAAAAUGGAUUCAAUGCAAUGAAUGUCGCAGCGGGCGCGAUAAAUCUGUUGAGCAGUGCUGAAGAUGACGUCGAAGUCCCUCCUGUGCAGCUGAAAUCGCAUGCGCUGGAUCUGGUGGUGCAGGACAUGAGUUACGACAAGGACGCGUCGAUGCGUCAAUUUUACGUGGUAGCCAAGUUCAAGUCCGAAUUUCACGAUUUUUCUGGCGUGCCCGUUGGGCAAACUUCGCCAAAGCCGAGGGGGGAAAAGGGCGAGAAGGGGGCUGCGAUCAAGUGGAACGAAAAGCUUGCGUGGACUUUUCAGGACCAUCUAUGCGUGGAAUGUCACGAAUGCCGUGCGUUAGGGGCAACGUCCGGUGCUUUCUGUGGGCUGCCUGAUAUGGUGGUACUGCAUGUGUACGAGAUUCAUCUGCGCUAUCUGACUACGAAGAUCGGCGAAGUCUCUUUGUCUCUCCGUGAAAUGUUGGGCUUUACGGGCAUGCGGAAAGCGCAACUUACAUGUGCAUGGCCCGUCACAUCAAGUCGUGAUGCUAUCCUCGGUCAAUUGAUGCUUUCGUUGGAAUACUCCGUAGACGUUGCAGGCGACGCAGAGCUGGCACAAUUCCUCGUUACGUCUGCGGCCGAACGCGAGCUGGUGGGCGAAUAUCCCCUUCAUGCAAAGCUGACAAGCGCAAGCGAAUUUUUUGAACUGUUUUUGGCAAAUGGUACGCUUGACCGGUUAGGCGAAUACUACAAGGAGCGCGGGGAUACAGAGAUUGAAAUAAGUGACUGGGCUCCUUCAAAGGAGUUUGGCGGCCAAGUGCGCACUAUGGGUUGCCGCUCAGCGACAAACGCAUCCAUCGGUCCUUCUCAUACCAUGACAACUACGACCGACCACGUACCUUUUGAUGAGGGAGGCCUAGAUGUCAACGAGAAGCUCGUUGUGCAGUCGAGAGUUGUCAUGCACGACAUUCCCUACGGCGAUUGUUUUUCGGUUGAGAAAGUGACUGUUGUGGAGCGAGUUUCACCCAACGAUGGGAGUCCAGGGCAGCUAGUGGCCAAAGUGUAUCUGGGUGUUCCAUUUUCGAAAGGCUGCAUGUUCAAGUCGAAAAUCAUCUCGGCGACACGCGAAGCAAUGGCUAGUUCUUCACGAUUAUACUAUCACAUGGUGAACAGUUCGCUCGGGGAUGGAAGCGCUUCAGCACCUGCAGCGUCAGCAAAGCCAUUUUUGAUAUCCAGCGUGGAGGAAAGGCAGCUCAUAGGAGAAUAUGAAUUGCACCCGAAAAUUCACGACGCGCUGCACUUCUUUGACCUCUUUUACGCUGACGGUACGUUGUCACGCUGGCAGGGUAUUUAUAACGAAACGGGAGACUCAGAACACGUGGUUGGCAAGUGGGAAGAUUCGGCAGAGUAUGGCGGUCAAGUGCGCGAGAUGAAAUACCGUGCCAAAAGCACUUCCCCCAUCGGACCAUCUUCGACAAUGGCGGAACAAGUUGUGCACGUUCCGUUUUUGGCUAGCGAUCAUGACAAGAUGGACGCGAAACGACUGAUGAUUGAGCACAAGCUGACACUGCUUGAGAUUCCUUAUGGGGACUGCUUUCACGUCGAGACGGUGUAUAUGGUUGAACCGCGCACCGAUGUUGCCGGGGCCCCUCUGGUUGCGAGAGUGCAUAUCGGGAUCCCGUUCUCGAAAAAUACCAUGUUCAAGUCAAAGAUUAUGUCCGCUACAAAAGAAGGUGUCGUGAAAAGUACAAAGAUAAUCUUUGAAGGGCUGAAGAAGGCAAUGGACCUGGAGGAAUCGGGCGAUGCGACUGGAGAGGCCCGCUUUAUCAGCAGUGCCAGGCAAGAAAAUGCGACGUAUGGCCGUCCAGUGAGAAGUCUAUCGACAGGGGUAAUUUCAAGCCAACGCCCGAGUAUUACGCGCUACAACAGCACCCUCGAUGGAAGCGUAGGACUCGAGGAGAUUUUCGAAAACCAGCGCGUCAGCAUGUUUGGAAAAUGGGCGCCUAACCAUCUGCUACCUACAGAUCGCCCUCGCUUCUCCAACCGAGAGGGGGACAAAAAAAUGAGUUUUGAGCAGGUUUUGCUACCCCUUCACUGGAGCUGGACAACUCCUUGGCUUAUCGACAAGAGUUACACGGAUUGCGACGACGAAGGCUGGAGUUACGCCACUGAUUUCCCGCGUUUCAAGUUUCAUCUGGCUCGGGGCAAGUCGAGCAUGAAGCGUCUAGGGGCGUCCGUGCGCCGCCGCCGCUGGAUCCGCAUGAUGGCGUAUGUGCCAUCCGACUCUACAGCCGACACCGCAAGUCCAUUACCAACUGGUAGCGACACAAUUUACCGGAAUCGUAGCCGUUUUAGUCAAGGAAGUAGCAGUAGCUCGAUGAGCUCCAAGUAUCUUGACGACUAG